AUGUCGUGGCCUUCCGCAUCAUCAGAUUCAAUCGCUUCUGAAAGCUCGCAGCAAGAAAUAGCAGUGGCAGAGCCCCAGACGUGGGGUCAUCGUGGCGCUGGUCAUGGUAUCGAUGAGAGAGAUUGGUUCGGCGCCUUCUACGUUCCGCGCAAUGACCCUACCUCUAUUACCCCGGAAUGGCCACCGAGCGCUCGAGAGGAAUCCGAAUCUGUGGCUCAAUAUAGCACUGAGGAACAGUUGCAGAGUUGUAUCUCUUGUGGUACGCCCACACAAGAACUACAGCAGCUGAGUUGCGGCCAUCUCUGGGGUCGUGCUUGCUUGAUAGCAAGGAUCGAGCUUGCCUUGCAGGGCUUUGGACUCAACUGGCCUGCCCGUUGCUGCCAAAAAAUCGACGAUGACGAGAUGAAGAGUUUGGCGCCAUUUCUCGGAGAAAGCGUUGUUCAAAUGUAUUUGAACAAGUACGAAGAGAUGGAGACACCAAGAGAUCAGCGGAUAUAUUGCGCCAAUCCUCGCUGCUCGGUUUUUCUUGGCCAGCGAGGGACGGGUGUCCACUUGGACGCUUGCCUCGAAUGCGGCACAUCUACUUGUCUCGCCUGUGGGAACAUGGAACCGCUGCAUGACCACGAUGAGUGCCCCUCGGAAACGACAAGAGUAUCCCAUCAGGAAUUGAUCAAUUCUGGAAAAUUGCAGCAGUGCCCAGGCUGCCCUGAGGUCGUGGAAUUACGAGAAGCAUGCAACCACAUAACGUUAGAAUCCAGAAGUGCUUUAGACGACUUCGCUGACCGUAUUUUAGGUGUCUAUGUGGUACUGAAUUUUGCUUCUCGUGCGGACAAUUCUGGAGAACGUGUUACUGCGCCUUAUAUCCCGGCGGUGAAAACGAGGCUGAGGAGGGCCAGCAAGAUGAGGCGGCCGAGGCAGCAGAAGAGGCCUUCGCAGCCGCUCGGGCAACUUGUCUGCAUCCAAUGUUCAACAACGCGACAAGACAGACGCGGUGUGAGUACUGUGGCCACUCAUCGGGAGUUCGGAUGUACAGGUGUGCGCGAUGCAGGACGACUGCUUGUUAUGACUGCUAUGAUCGAUUGA